UUUCUUCUUGGAACAACUCUUGCUGUUCUUACUACCUUGACAUUGGGAACAUCAAUGGCUGCUCGUCAAGGUCCAGUAGCUAUGGCUGCUCAUCAGAUAUGUAUACAAGUUUGGUUGGUUGUAUCCCUUCUAACUGAUGCAAUGGCUGCAUCUGGUCAGGCCCUGAUUGCUACUUAUUUAUGUAAAGGUGAAUACAAAAUUGUGAAAGAAGUUGCUGACUCCGUGUUAAAGGGUCUAAAAGAAAUGGUUGAGUGUUUGUCUGGAACUUUGACUAAGUCAACUGAUGCUAUUGGGCAAGACGAUAUUGAAGGUCCAGGAAUGAAACCAACAAACCUCCUGAGGUUUGAAUAAGAACUCUGUUAUCUAGUAUUUACAUCAUUCUUGAACAUUGUAAUGGAGCCCAUCUG